CUCGAUGACCGUUACAACGUACACGAUGUUAUGGUUGUUGUUGUAGUUGCUGUGCCUAGCCUAGCAUGUUUAAUUAGUAACAUAGCGUGAUACACCUUUGGUUAUACUUCAAUGAAACCGUUCGACUCAGAUGAGGAGGAAGCCGAGCAGCUGGCAGCUUACCAAAAGGAGCUGAUACAGCGGGCCAACCAGAGCAUACAGCAGCUGGGCAGUACUCUGGAGCAGCUGAACCCUGAUGGAGAAGAGGCGGAGGAGUUCAGAGGCACUGAUGGCAGCCUUGUCACCAGCAUGGUCGAAGAGGACAAGGCUGCAUGGAGCCAAAAGACACAGAGCGAAGCAGUUAAUCAGCUGAAGAGCCUUCUACUGAAGCAGUGCAAAGAAAUUCCCUCUGCUCUCUCUCCUUCAAAGAAACAGUCUUCAUCCAAGAGAGUACAGCAGGAGGGAAGGUCCAGUUUGCCUACUUUUCAGGAUUUGGUCCCAAUGAUUCACAACCAGUCAGAGUACAUCAAACACCUUGAAGCUGAGGUCAAAUUCUGCAAAGAAGAGCUGCAGGGGAUGAAACAGCGGAUCAGAGUGGUGGUGGUGGAGAAUGAGAAGUUGCAUUCAGCCCUCAAAUCCAGAGCUGAGGGUGAUUCACUGAGAGACUACACAUUACAAAACUCCACGGUGAAUGAGAGUCUGGCAGCCAACAGACACAUAGGCUCCGAUACGAGCCACAGCAUGCUGCAGAAGGCAGAACACACCCCAUGGAAAAAUGAGCUGGAACAAUUGAAAGUGAUCUACCAGGCUCAGACUGAAAGCUUGGAGGCUCAGGUCAUCUCCCUCAGGAAGGAUCUGUCAGUCAGUCAGAAGGAGUGUGAGGAGGUGAAGGUUCGGCUGAGACACAGGGAGAAACAAGCUGCAGAGGCACUGAGGGCUGAUGGAGCUUCCCGUGUGGCGGGAUUGUGUCUGAAGUGUGCACAGCACGAGGCUGUAUUGGCUGGGACUCACACAAAUCUGCAUGUCCAGGCAAUUGACAGGCUCACAAAGGAGCGUGAUGAAUUACUGGUGGCUCUGCGAGCGGUGCGGGCUAGUCAGCAGGAGGCGCAACAAAGGGAGUGGUCAGCCUGUCUUCAGGUCAAACAGGCUGUGGAGAUGGCAGAAGAAGCAAAUCUGUUCAAAGCUAGGGUGGAGGUACAAUGUGAGCAGUUGUCCAGGGAGCUGGCUCGACACCGGGAACAACUAGAGCGAGAAGCACAGGCCCUACAGGAGAGACUGGCUGAGGCCAGAGAAGAGGGCCGAGCUGAGGCCCGCAAACAGAAAGAGGAGCUGUCACAUACGGUGUCCAGCCUCUCCCAGCAUGUUGCUGAGUUGGAGGGACAGCUAGACAGAGCUCACAGAGACAGGAGCACACUGACCAAUCAGCUGGAAGAUAAUCUUCGCAAAUUUACCAGUCAGGAACAAGACAAUACCAAGGUGUGUGUGGAUCUGCGAUAUCAGCUCAGCCAGGCCCAACUGAAGAGAGAGGAGGCAGAGAGAGCGCUCCGAGAGCUCAACACCAAGACCAGCAGACAGAUAGAAAAGGCUGCACAGGAAGUGGAAAGGCUGAGCUCAGAGCUGGUUGGCUGUCGGCAGCAUCUGGAGGCGGUCCAAAAGGAUGGGAGCCAAUGGCAGGCCGAAGCCCUGAGCCUAGCAGAACAGCUGGCAAAUGCCCAGCGCCAACUGCACCUCACCAGACAGGACAGAGAAAGUGCUGAACGGGCUCAUGAGGAGGAAAUGGCGUCUGUGACCCUUUCAGCACAGGAGAGGGAGAGAGAGCUGGCUGUGCUGCUGGAGCGAACAGAGGCUGAACACCUGCAGAGAGUUGGAGAGUUGGAUGGUCUGCUGAGUUCCCAGAAUUCCUUGAUCGGGAAGCUGAAGGAUGAGUGCUGCGCGCUGGGAGUCAAACUGGAGGAGCUGACGGGAAACAGCAGAAGUGAGAUGGAGCAGCUGGCUCUGGAGAAGCAACACCUAGAGGAGACCGUUAAGAGUCUGAGAGCUCGCUGCUCCGACAUGGAGGAACAGUGUGUCCAACACGGCCGCAUGCACCAGCGCAUGAAGGACAGACUGCAGCAGUUGGACCGUCACUGUCAGAGCAGUGCCCAGCAGGUGUGUGAGCUGCUGGCCAAACAGAACCAGCUGAUGCAGGAGAGAAACACACUCACCGAGGAGAUGCAGAACCUACACGCAGAGCUCCCGAACACGAGACGAGUCGAUGCUCUGGCCACAUGAAUCUUCCCUGCCUGUUUCCUCCUCUCAUCUCAUCGAUCUGGAUGUUUUCACUGUCAGAAAUCUCCUGUUGGCAAGAACAUAUCAGACUGUUUUUUACCCAGGAUAAUGUGCAGGGAGACAGGUGUGUUCAUCCAUUUUGUACUCAGGUACACUGUAUAAUCACAAAUGUUUUGUUAUCACAACUUUUUAUGUUUUCCGAUGGACUGUGGUUAGAGGUACUAGGAUGUUUUUUGUUUUUUUUUUAAUUAAAGCAAAAUCAUUGGUGCACAUCUAUGAACUUUCAGAACAUCCUAAUUUUUUUUUAAUACAAGUUUUCUGCAUUUUCUUCUACUCAGAACAAAUAUAGUGUUCCACAUUUUUAUGGGAAAAACAAUGAGCCUCAACUGUGAAGAAUAUUUCAAGUGUUCAUUUCUAUUUUAAAAUGUUUGAGCUGAGUUCAAAGUUCAGAGGAUAACCAAUAACAAGUCGACACCAUUGCAGCAGAUUGACAUAGUGCUUUAUUGAAGCUGUCUGUAAGAAGGAAAAUAAUGUGCAUCCCUAUCAUAUACAUUUUAUGUGUAAAAAUACUAAGGAUGUACAGUGUAAAAAACAGCUUCAUGUUGAUGGUAAUUUGUUGUUUUCACAUCCUCGCGGCCUCAGCGGCCAGCAGCACUGCUUCUUAACAGCAUGAGGGACAGAAAAAGGCUGUUUGAUCGAUCUGCUGCGUUUCCCGACACUGUCUCAGAGUCAACGUCAUCUCUGCUCCGCCGACAUGACGCGGAGCAGAGCUGACUUCAGUGCUUCAGGGAAACGUGGCCCACUCUGCGAACAGCUGGUGGCUGUCCAGAAAUGUCUCACACAACUGUAAAGCUACAGUAGAAGGACAUGGACGUGGAGUUAGAACUCAAUUACACUUUGUAAUAUUUGUACAUGUUUGCCGUUUUUUGUUUGCUGUUUAUAAAUAAAUGCAUCUCAUGCUUGUUCAUGUUAAUAAUCAUGAUGAUAGUAG